AUGAGCGCCGACACUUCGGCACGUCUUCUACAGCUCGAUCCAUUACUUGAAGCAAAAAAUCCAAAUGUUAGAAAUGAAGCGGCGGCAGCGUACGGUAAAUUAUCGAUUUUGAGUGAAGAUGUGAAAGAGAGCCUGAAAAAACACGCGAGUUCUCAAGCCUGGGACACUCGAGUUUCUGCCGGAAAAGCUUUGCAAGCCCUUCUUCAAAAUGUUCCAGAUUUUGAAAGAAAAAAGGAGAAUGAAAACUCGUCAGUUUCAGAACGAAUUAAAAACAUCGUCGUACUGAAUGUGCAAAGAAACUUUAAACCUCUUUUGAGUGAUGAUGAAAAAUCAUUGAAAGCUGGCAAAGAACGAGGGAAUCAAAAGACACAAAGAGAAAUUGUUGAUCAGCAUCUCGAAUACAAUCGUGUCACUGGAAUCAGCUCGCAAAAGUUUCUGAGCGAUGAUGAGUUUCUUCACGAGGGAGUUUCAGAGCCAGAGUUACCUUCGACAAGCAAAGAGUUGUUGCAAGUUACAAAAACAGAGAUAAUAGAAGGAGAAAUUGAUGAAAAUUUCAAUGAUGAUAGUGAAAGACUCAAAACUUUCUGGAAAGUACUGAAAGAGUUUGUAAAUAUGGUCGCUGAACAACAAUGGUAUACAAGGCACGGGGCAUCGAUUGCAAUUUGUCAAAUAGCUACAACUUCAUAUGACAGACUAUCUUAUGAACUGAUUGAUACAAUUCUGUACCUAUUAAUUCAUGUACUCAUUCUCGACAAGUUCAAUGAUUUCAUCUCCGGCCGAAACGCAACUGCACCAGUCAGAGAACAAUGUGCUCAAGCUUUGGUUCAUAUGCUUCGAAAUACAGAUGAAAAACGACGAGAAGUAGUGUUGGAAAUCGUAGUUCAGAUGGUCAGCACUCCGGGAGAUGAUAACUGGAACAUUCGUCAAUCCGGACUUCUUAUUCUCAAGUAUUAUUUUGCAAUUGCACGCAAUGACGAUGAUGAUCACAAGAAGACAUUCGAUCGAUGCUUCGAUCUUGUCAUUCAAUCACUCGAUGAUCCAAUUGAUGAUGUGACCGGAUGUGCAGUGAAAACACUAGCAUCAAUACUGUCGAACAAAGAAAUUCCACAAGAAGAAAUGAGUAAACUCGUAGAAAAAGUUAUGAAUCAUGUAUGGAAGUUACUGGAUAUAGAAGCAGCAAAAGAGCAACUGCGAGCUGGUCUCGACGCUCUUUGUAUAGAUCUAUUAGAAAUAGUGGAGUUAUGGUUACGAUGGAAUCAAGAGCUUGGAAUCAGUCGACAGAGUUUAUUGACAAUAUGCUCAACUAUUGAUGCAGCAUUUCCAGUUCGAUGCGAGAAAAUUGUGCAGCUGCUUGAUGCAGAUAUUGAUAGACCUCAGCAUGGAAAACUGACUGCUGAAGAUGUUUUUAUUAUCAUUAAACAACUAUAUCGGAUUCUUCUUUUUGCACCGCCAUCGGAUUCUCUCGUGUUCUUAGAAAAAACAUUCAUAACAUUCAGCAAGGUGUUUCGAACGUAUCAGCAUAUUCUUAUAGAAAAAGGUGAUGUAAGUCAGAAAGUUGGAAACUGGCUUGGAUGUCUUCUUCUCGAUCACCGUAAUCCUCAAAUCGAUGUAUUCGCAUGCGAUGUCGAUGGAAUUUCCAGUAACAAUAAAACAUCGACAGAGCUGAUGUGUUCAGAAGAAAUGAGAUUUCUUGGAGAAAAGGAAAAAGACAAAGUAUAUCUGACACGGAAGAUACUAUGUGCUAAGUUUUUAGCCAUCAUUCUGGAGGCUUUAUAUGAAUCUGACGAAGAAAUUCAGGGGCAAAAAGUAGACAUUGCUGUUCAAUUACUCUUCAUUCCAUUCUUUCAAUCGCGAACCAUAAUGCACAAUCUAGGAGUUUCGAUUGUUGUCAACGAGUGGGCCGCUCUAUAUAGAGCAGCAGUUAAUGCAAAAAUCACAGAGAAACCGCCACCAAUGACAAUCAUACAACUAGCAGAUUCAAUUGUGAGAGGUCCUGGGAAGCAGUACGAUGAGAUGACAACUAUUGUACAUGGAUUGACAAAAGAUUGCAAUGAAUUCAUCGAAUAUUGUGUUGUACGAGGAUUUGAUCGAACGAGUACGGAAGCCACUGGAGGAGCGCCUGAAGACGUGAGCAAGGCAGCGUAUUCGACAGUCCGACCAAAUCUGAAAACAGAUAAACAACGAGAAGCAAUUGAUACAAGAUACAACACGUUGUGUAGAUCUAUCGAAAAUGCAAAAAUGAAUAUUAAAUCUAAUGGAAUCCGUAUUAAUGCACUUUUGUCUUCUACUCUCUUCUAUUUUGGAAAUGCUCCUGAAAAGUUGACUCCACAAAUCCGUCCAAUCGUAGAAACGAUGCAAACUGAAGAGAAUGACGCAAUGGCUUCAGAAGUGUUUCGUGGCGCCGUUCCCCUUCUUGUUAUGUUCAGUUGGCCAAGAAAUCCUCGUCCAUACGUUAAAGUUUUGGCGAAAGCUCUCGAUUCAUUCUCAGGAUGUUCUAUUCGAAUGCCAAAAGUUGGAGUUACAAGUCCCGGUAGUCAAACAACGAUAAUCAGUAUGAGACGGAUAUGGGGAAAAGAAACAGAAGACGGAUUUGAGGAGAAUAACGGAAUGGUCUCGGCGGAGAGUAGGAAUGCUGAGCUAUUCUUAACGAUUCUCUGUCAAUUCAAUGCCACGCAACUCGCCGAAUUCUAUUCUCAUUUUGACUUGAGUGAAGACGUCGACCUGAAUACUUUCCUAACCCGUUUGGAGCUUCACAAUAGUCUUUGGAGUCGUGUUGGAUCUCGGCUUUCGGAACAAUCAACUGAUAAAAUCUUCAAUUUACUUCCAUCCGAUGAUCCUGCUAUUCGAUAUGCGUUUGCGAAAGCCAUUGAGACGUUCUGCAAGUCUUCGUGUGGAGAUACUCUAUCAAAAUGUUAUACGAGACUUGUCAUUCUUUCCCAAGAUCUGAAUAAUGUAAACUCGAGAUUAGCCACUGUUGAAGUUUUCCUUCGACUUUGUAUGAUGGAUACAUGUUAUUUGAAUGGAUGGGCAACUCUAUUGGCUCCUCCUGUGUUUCAACUUCUCACAGAUCAGUGCGAAGCAGUUCGUGACGCCGCUGGAGAAGCGUUCCGUCGAUUAAUUCCCGUCGUGACUCUUGAAAAUCCGAACUUUGUGAUCGAAGGGAUCAGCGAAGAACUCACUAAAAAACGAGCGGAAUACUCCAAUUUUAUCAAUGUUCUCGGUGCACCGAGUAGCCUUCCACGUGUCAUUCGAGAAGAUAUUACUGGAGGAUUCGAUACGAGUAUGCUUCGAGAAUAUCAACUAGAAGGAAUAACAUGGAUUCGAUUUUUGCGAACCUAUGGACUUCAUGGAAUUCUUGCAGACGAUAUGGGUCUCGGAAAGACACUUCAGACAAUGUGCUCCAUCGCUUUAUCCGUAGACAAAGAUGAUCUAGACGAACGAAAUAAAUGUUCACUCAUUGUCUGCCCUCGCACUCUCGUAGAUCAUUGGUGUCUAGAAUGGAAUCGAUUCUUCCCCAAACGAAUUCCAGCAGUAAAGAAUAUUAUAAGAGCUCAACGUGCAGAAAUUUGUGUCAUCCCUUAUGACGACCUAAAAUCUGCAUACAUUUCAGAUCGUGUCUGGAAUUACAUUGUUCUUGAUGAAGGACACGUCAUGCGAAACUCAAAACGACGUGCCUGGAAGUUUGCAAUUGAACUGGUCUGCAAAAGUCGACUUAUCUUGUCUGGUACUCCAGUGCAAAACUCGCCUGCUGAUCUCUGGUCUUUGUUCGCAUGGCUCAUGCCGGGAUAUCUGGGAACCGAGAAACAAUUCCGUAGUCAAUUCCUCAAAAAGAUCAUGAAAUGUCGACUACCGAAAGCAAACGAGCUCGAUCUCAAGGCAGGUUCCGCUGCCAUUUCACAACUUCAUAAACUUGUUCUUCCCUUCAUCAUGCGUCGUUUGAAAACUGAAGUGCUCAAAGAACUCCCAGAGAAGAAUGUUCAAGAUUACGAAUGUGAGCUCACUGACGAUCAGAAGGAUGUUUAUCGAUUCAUUGUCGAUAGAUGUACAUCAUCAUAUGAAGAACUCAAAAACAAGACUGGCAUUUCGAGUCUUGUAACUUUGAUUUCUCUCCGGAAGCUUACGGAUCACACAAUGCUUGUUUAUGAUACUUUAUUGAAAAUCGGAGCACCACAAGACAUUCUCGCUAAAGCAAGGACCGCGAGGUCAGGAAAAAUGGAGGCACUGAAGCAGUUGUUGAUUGAAUGUGAAAUUUGUAAGAAUCCUGAUGAUGAAGUGUUACCAGAAGCUGACGAAUUAGGCGGAUUAAAUGAAGCUGGACCCGGUCACAGAGCUCUCAUUUUCUGUCAGUGGAAGACCUCGGCUAAACUUGUUUCGAAUGCUUUGAGUAGUGGAGAAUUCGGAAGUGUCGUAUCACAUUUAGUGCUAGAUGGAGACGUUCCCGCUGGAGAUCGAAUGAAAAUGGUCAAUCGAUUCAAUGAGGACAAAACUAUCGACGUUUUGAUUCUAACAACACAUGUCGGUGGUGUUGGUCUGAAUCUCACAGGUGCCGAUACAGUAAUCUUCCUGGAUCACGACUGGAAUCCAAUGAAGGAUUUGCAAGCCAUCGAUCGUGCUCAUCGUCUCGGACAGACUCGAAAUGUCAAUGUAUACCGACUGAUUACACAAGGAACUGUUGAAGAGAAAGUGAUGAGUUUGGCCAAGUUCAAACUUAAUACAGCACAGGCUCUCAUUGGCGCCGACAAUACAUCAAUGAUGACGAUGGAGACUGGAGAACUGAUGAAUAUGUUCACGUUAGAUGGCGAUGAGCCGCUGAAAAAGGGAACAGGAUCAUCAGAGCCAGCUGCGAAAAAGAGCAAAAAAGCCUCAACAUCUGGUGGUGCUUCAGAAGAAAUCAAUUUAGCAAGUAUGUGGGACGAGAGUCAAUACGACGACUUCCAAGUCGAUAAUUUCCUUCGAAACGCAUAA